UUAGACGACAGUCGACCCCGGUGGCGCUUGGGUUCAAAUUCCACGCCACAGACGGACGGGCUAAAGGACAGACGGAUGGAGGAGCUGACGAUUGUGGUGGCCGGGAGGGGCCUGUGUGUGGUGCCUGCCCACCCUCGGGGCCGGCUCUGGUUUCAUCAGAUAAAACGAGCCACUCCGGGUUUUCCCCACCGCAAGCGUGAGUCGCGCGGGCAAAGGUGCGGCCUCAUAAAGGCGCCGCUUGCCGCAGCUCGGUGUAGGGGGUGAGAGAGGUGGGCAGUGGUGGCUCGUGGUGGACAGCCAUGGCUACCGGUGGGGAGUAGUGGGCUGUGCUGACCGACUGAGGCCCAUCCUGCGCCCCCCCCUCAUGGAGGCAGCUCGUAACGGGGGCUGCGUAACGCAGUCCCCCCCGCCCCCCCGAACCCCGCAUGCCCCCUCGCCCUCCUCCCCCUCCCGCUCCCAGCAUGCACCAGGAGGACCCAGCAGCCCUUCCCAGAAUGCACAGCAGCAGGGCGACACGCCGGGCCUGCUGCGCGUGUCUCUGCCCAACAAACAGCGCACCGUGGUGCACGUGCGGGGUGGUUCCUCGGUGAGGGAGAGCCUGAACAAGGCCCUUGCUAUCCGCGGCCUCAUCCCCGACUACUGCAAUGUCUUCACAGUGCGCGACGGCAUGAGGUCGGCUCUCAGCUGGGACGUGGACAUGGCGAGCGUUGGCACCGAGGAGCUCCAGGUGGAGCUGAAGGACAACGUCACGGUCACCACCCACAACUUCGUGCGCAAGACGUUCUUCCGGCUGGCGUUCUGUGACUUCUGCCUGAAGCUCAUGUUCCAGGGCUUCCGCUGCCAGACAUGCGGCUACAAGUUCCACCAGCGCUGCAGCACCGAGGUGCCCGUCAUGUGCAUCAACGUGAACCGCCUGCGGCUCACCGAGUGUUACACCCCGAGUCUCGUCCGCCAGGAGGGCCACACCUUCCAUUUCGCCACCUUCUCUGGUCCCCCCCACUCUGCUGUGCUGCCCACCACCUCCAGGCGUUUAUCCACGCAAACCUUCCAGUUCCCAUCCAUCGGAGGCGAUCACGGAGGUCAGCUGACCCAGCGAGAUCGAGCGAGUUCCACCCCCAACAUCAACUCGAGCGUCAUAGGCAACGUGGAUGUGGGCUUCAUAGAGUCCUUCGUGCAAACCCAGCAGCAGCAGCAGCAACAACCCUCUGCUGACGUGGUGUCGAGUGUGGAAGUGGUGGAGGACACUACCGAAACCAGGGCCGGGACAUCCAGUCGACUGCACCGCUCACCCGCCAUCCGCCGGCCCUCGGACGAGAAGAACCGCCUGUUCCGUGGCCGGGACUCGUGCUACUACUGGGAGAUUCGGGAGGAGGAGAUCUCCCUCCUGAACAUGGUCGGUUCGGGCUCCUUCGGGACCGUGUACAAGGGCAAGUGGCACGGAGACGUGGCUGUGAAGAUCCUGAAAGUGACCGAUCCCACUCCGCAGCAGCUGCAGGCCUUCAAGAACGAGGUGGCUGUGCUCAGGAAGACGCGGCACGUGAACGUGGUGCUGUUCAUGGGAUAUCUGACGAAGCCCCGCCUCGCCAUCGUCACGCAGUGGUGCGAGGGCUCCAGCCUCUACCGCCACCUGCACGUCAACGAGAGCAAGUUCGAGGUGUUCCAGCUCAUCGACAUCGCCCGCCAGACGGCGCAAGGCAUGGAUUACCUCCACGCGAAAAACAUCAUCCACCGUGACCUCAAAUCCAACAACAUCUUCCUGCACGAGGGCCUCACGGUGAAGAUCGGCGACUUUGGGCUCGCCACCGUCAAGUCGCGCUGGAGCGGAGCUCAGCAAGUCGAGAACCUGUCCGGCUCCAUCCUGUGGAUGGCCCCAGAGGUGGUCCGCAUGCAGGACACGAACCCGUACACGUUCAAGUCGGACGUCUACGCAUUCGGCAUCGUGCUCUACGAGCUCAUGGCCAAGGAGCUGCCCUACGCGCACAUCGGCUCCCGAGACCAGAUCCUGUUCAUGGUGGGGCGGGGUUACCUGUCUCCGGACCUGAGCAAGGUUUGUGGGAACUGCCCCAAGGCCAUGAGGAGGCUCAUGGCCGACUGCCUCAAGAAGCUGCGCGACGAGCGGCCCCUCUUCACACAGGUCCUGGCGUCGAUCGAGCUGCUGGCGCACGCACUGCCCAAGAUCCACCGCAGCGCCUCGGAGCCGUCGCUGCACCGCUCCGGCCUCGACCUCGACGACCUGCGCUCCAUGUUCAUGCAGCCCACGCGCUUCGGCGCCAAGUGAUUGCGCCCCCUCCUGCCCCCCCCCCCCCAACUGCGACCGGCGAGGGGCGGGCGCUCCACUCUCCGGCUCCAUCGCACUGGAAAGGAAAUGGGAUGGUCCUACUACCCCCCCCCCCCCCAACUGCACACAUCGGCAAGUUAUGGGCAUCCCUUGGCGCACACCGUGGGGGGGGUGGGGUGGGGGAUGGUGUCCGCUGUGAACCACACUCGCCAGACAGGGGUGGUGCCUCCCCUCCUCUCUCACGAGCCGGAAGAUGGCGGCGUUCUGAUGGUGCCCGCCUCUACCCGCACGCCGGCGAGUGAUGCUGCUGCGCCAGCGCCACCCCAACGUGUGGGAGCGGUGGCUUGGACGGCACUCGCCCUACGAGAGGAGAUGGACGCCAUCGCCGCCAGACACGGCAGGGCACUCGUGUGCUGCAAACCGCACGGGGUUGUGCACGUGUGCGAGCGUCUUGAGUGUGUGCGUGUGUGUGAGAGUUGGUACAAUAAGUAGAUGCGGUACGACAGAACGUUUUGCUGAUUGGACUUGCCGGUGACGUGCCAGCGGUGUCGAGAUCGGCCUCUGUGCAGGAGGAGGCUCGUGAAGGACGCUACUGGGCAGUUGGAGGUGGUCGCCCCCUCGACAACAAGUUGGCACAAUCGGGAGCACAGGUGGUGCAUCUUCCAGUCAUCUCGGUCAACCUAUAAUACCUGGGUCUGUCUCGUGACCUCCUGCCAGCAGCAAGCCUUCUCCACGUCACGUGAUGGCUUCAAAAGUGCACUUAGCCUGGCACAAGAGCAUGAGGGUGGUGAGCCUGUGGGUAUGCUUGUGAAGGCGUGCGAGUCUGAGUGAGCAUGUGGGCGAGCGUGUAAAGCGUGUGGUCGUGUGAGUGAGUGCACGCCCGUGUACGCACAUGAUCGCGAUGGUGAUCGCAUGGGUCGCCGCGAGGAGUUGCUGCUUCCAUGAACCUAUCGCAAACCAAUCGGUGAGCUCGCAGGUUCUUCGACAAAAACACGUUUCAGGUCGUGUCCUGAUGAAGGCCAGUCAGCCAAACCAUCGGUGUCGACCGUUCCUCGUGGGGACUAACAGAAAAAAACCCCAUCCAUUAUGGCGUUGAAUCGAUCUGUUAUUUCAUUAACGCGUGCGUGUGUGUCUGCGUGUGAGCAUGUGCCUCAAUAGGUGCUCGCCAACAGCAAUUGCCCCAUCGGGUGUAUAAGGCUGUGUGUGCCUGUGUGCGUGUGUGUGCGCUGUCAUCUUGGUGGUGGUUUUACCUUUUGGGUAACGUUUCUCCAGCCUGGUCAGUUUACUUAUGCUGCCCUGGGGUCUUACAACACUGAAGCCUUAACCCACCCACCCGUAGCCCCCCCGCCCGCCCGCCUUCCCUGUCUGCCUCCACGAGCGGGCUGGUGGGCGUGGUGGUGGCCACGAUGUGCCUUAUUCUCGGGUGAGGCUGCCGUUGUGCCUCUGUGAAACCGGCGGCGAGGCCUUGACCGUGGUGCCGGCACGGUUGCGUUAACGCGAAUCUACGGGGGGAAACAAUCACUAAACACGAAGGGAAAACCCUGGCUCCAUAUGCCUCCUGCUGCUAUUCCUGGCGAUGCCGUCUGUACGGCCACGGGGCGGACUCCUGGGGUCCAAUCCCCGCCAGCGACCGCGUCGCUCGUGACGGUGAACUACGAGGAGCGGCGCGCGGCUGCGAUCAUAGUUGUGGCGAGUCGUUUGGGUAGACGGGAGCCGCCGUGGUUGUCACGGUUAUCGCUCCGCAGCUUGCAAUCCAGAGGUCGCCGCUUCCAAUUCGGCUUUGUGGCACGGCGAACAAAUCUGAGUGAACAGUGUUACUACGAUUCUGGGUCUAACAACUGUAAUGAGAACAACUCAUUGUAGCGCUGAAACUGGACACAGCCGACAGUGGCUCCUGCUGCUCCAAUCUACUCCAUGCUGCUCUCUGCUGCCAGUUCCUCCAGGCUAAGUCCAUGCUGCUGCUCCAUGCUGCUGCUGCUCCAUGCUGCUGCUGCUCCAUGCUGCUGCUGCUCCAUGCUGCUGCUGCUCCAUGCUGCUGCUGCUCCAUGCUGCUGCUGCUCCAUGCUGCUGCUGCUCCAUGCUGCUCCAUGCUGCUGCUCCAUGCUGCUGCUGCUCCAUGCUGCUCCAUGCUGCUGCUGCUCCAUGCUGCUCCAUGCUGCUGCUGCUCCUCCAUGCUGCUGCUGCUCCAUGCUGCUGCUGCUCCAUGCUGCUCCAUGCUGCUGCUGCUCCUCCAUGCUGCUGCUGCUCCAUGCUGCUCCAUGCUGCUCCAUGCUGCUGCUGCUCCAUGCUACUCCAUACUGCUGCUACUCCAUGCUAUUCCAUUCUGCUCUCUGCUGCCAGUUCCUCCAUGCUAGUCCAUGCUAUUCCAUGCUGCUGCCCCAUGCUGCUCCACGCUUGUCCAUGCUGCUCCAUGUGGCUGCUGCUGCUCCCUGCUGCUCCCUGCUGCUCUUGCUCGCCCAUGCCCUGCCGGGUCACGUCUUCCUUUUUCUUACCACAUGGCAGCGCGGGCGCCCACGUGACGCCCCGUUGUGCGUCCUCACUGUGAAUGGGCACCGGUGGCGACCGGGCGGCACAGCCCUGCCUCGGAGGCCUUAUGGAAUAGAUUAAACAUAUCACUGUACCCAGCGCGGUGUCCCUCGCAAGGCGCCCUCUCUGUGUCCUGGUGCUCGUUGGAGCCUGUGGUCUGCAAGGCCCUGUGGUGUACUGGGCUGUAUCCUGGCCUACAGGGCCAGCUACAUUGCCCUGUGGUCUAUGGGGCCCUGGUCAUUACCCCUUGGUCUACAGGACCAUGUCCACUGCCCUGUGGUCUGUUGUUGCAUGCUUGCGAUAGGUCCUGUGGGCCACGUGGUUGUGGUGGCUGCUCUACCGGAUGGUUUUGCAUGGCAGAGUGGCGUUUUGCAUUUGAGAUUCUGUGACUGUGAUGUGGAGUUUUUAUUUUUUAACACAUCGGGUGCCAUGCUCAUUUUCAUUCGGAAAAAAAGCGAUGGAUAAUUAAGUGCGUUUUUAUUUCAUACUUUUCAACGAAAAGAUGUUCGAAAGCAAACGAGGUUCACGAACUGGAAGGUGGUCUGUGUAAACUUUGUACAUAGUGGCAUGGUGUCUGCAUGCGAGUUGUGGUGGUGAUUAUCCUUUUAUUGGCGUCGCUGCUGCUGUGUUUCUGAAGCGCCUGCGUUUUACCAUGAAGCGGCCGCCGUGUUCGCGGUGAAAUCUUCGUUUAUAGUAUUCGUGGUGUGAUCCUAACAGUUCCAUGUAUAGGGUUGGUUUAAUAAAAGGGGCUUCUGUGGA